UUACCCCGCCUCCUCCCGUGUGUCCCGGCUUCCAAACCUCAGCCCCGCCCCGUCCCUUCUUCUCCCGUGUGACUCCGCCUUCUACUGUGUGGCCCCGCCUCAUUCCGUGUGGCCCAGCUUUGGAACCUCAGUCCCUCCCCGUCCCGCGUGGCCCCACCUCCCGCGGCCCCUGGCGGACCUGAGCGGUCGCACCCCCCUGUCCCCGCCGCUAUGGCCGAGCCGGUGACGCGCCAGGUCAGCGGCUGCGCAGGCCGGGUCCUGAGCUCGAGCGGUUCGAACACAGAACGUGGGCAGCCACUGGCAGCUGACGUGGCGGAGCUGCCGGUGCUGGACGCGUCCGGGAGACGGGUGACGUUCGGCGCGCUGUUCCAGGAGCGGCGGGCCGUGGUGGUGUUCGUGAGGCAUUUCUUGUGUUACGUCUGUAAAGAAUACGUCGAGGAUCUGGCCAAAAUCCCCAAGAGCGCCCUCCGAGAAGCAGAUGUCACCCUCAUAGUGAUUGGACAGUCAUCAUACCAUCAUAUUGAGCCUUUCUGCAAACUGACUGGAUAUUCUCAUGAAAUCUAUGUUGAUCCUGAGAGAGAAAUUUAUAAAAGAUUGGGAAUGAAAAGAGGUGAAGAAAUUUCCUCCUCAGGACAGAGCCCCCACAUAAAGUCCAACCUGCUCUCGGGAAGCCUUCAGAGUCUGUGGCGGGCAGUCACUGGCCCGCUUUUUGAUUUCCAAGGAGACCCAGCUCAGCAAGGUGGAACCCUCAUUCUAGGUCCAGGUAACAACAUCCACUUUGUGCACCGAGACAGGAAUAGGUUGGAUCACAAACCCAUAAACUCUGUUUUACAGCUUGUGGGAGUUCAGCCUGUGAACUUCAUGAGCAGACCUACAGUUAUCCAUGUGUGACUUCACGUGGGAUCUUCCACUUGUGAAUGGGCCCUUGAAAUGUGAACCAAAAUGCCAGGCAUCAUGGCUUCAUGAGGUUAUGAAACCACAAAGCUCAUGCGCCUAUAGAGCUAUAUGCUGAAAAUUGUCAGAAGCGGGAUAGGCAUUUUAAAUGUUAUGACCUAUAUAGUUAUCCAUUCAAUCGAAGACUUUUGGCAACCAAAACAUAAGAGGAGGGCUGGAAAGAUCACUUGGUGGUUAAAAGCACUUGCUUCUCUUGCAGAGGACCCAGGUUUGGUUCCCAAAACCCACAUGAUGGCUCACAAUUGUCUGUAACUCCAGUUCCAAGGGAUCCAACACCUUCUUCUGGCCUUUGGGUACCAGGUGCACAUGUGGUGACCUUGUAUAAAUGUAGGCAAGCACUCAUACACAUAAGAAUAAAAUCUUCUAAAACUACAUACACAUGUUCGUGUAUGUAUGUGUAUAUGACGGGAAGUGAAGAAUGGGCCAGGUAUGAUGAUGGCACAGGCGAGUAGUCCUAACACUGAGAAAUGGGGACAAGAGUCCAGCCUGAGCUAUGUGGGUAAGAGCUUUUCUCAGAAAAGUAGUCAGUUAAUGGAAGGGGAGAAUGCACAAAGGGAAAAGAAAGCAACUCAAGAUAGUUUUGUUUAGUAGGGGAAAAACACAACAGAUUUAAAAAUUCUGUAAAUAGUGUAACCACAUGUGUGUGUAUAUUCUAAUGUUUUGUGUUCUUGGAGAAAAGAUGGUAAAUAAACACAGUGCAACACUGCCA